CUGAAUACUAAGCUAUUAUCAUGAUUGCCACGAAACUCUUUGUAUUCGCUCUUUUUGCCGGAGUACUGGCCGUGGAAGAGAAACCCGUUGCUGAAAUCAUAACAGAAAGUACCAUUGUUAAUCCUGAUGGAUACAGUUUUGACUUCAAGACCAGCGAUGGCAUAUCCAGACAUGAAGACGCCAGCCUAAUAACAGUGGGGGACAAGCAGGGCAUCGCAGUUAAAGGCUCCUACUCCUACCUGACUCCUGAAGGUGAAGAGUACCAGAUCACCUUCACCGCUGACGACAAAGGCUACAAACCAACUCUUCGAGUUGUCCCCGCCCAUCAAUAAUUUGCCAAUAUUUGUAUUUUUGUAUUGUU